UAUCCAGAACCAAAGGCCGUACUUCCUUGUUUAUAUUCACUCAGCACGUAGAAUCAUGAAGGCAAAAGUUCAUCAAGAAAUCGGACCGAACAACAAGCUCCAAAUCGCCAAAGCACGUCUUUCGAACUGCUGUUGCGGUUCAUGGAAUGCAUUCUGUUCCCUCGCCCCUUUCCCCAUCGCGUGGCCAUCAAGUCGAGCGUUCGUGAGCUUCUCGCAGCUCACCAGAGUGCGAAGAUUGGAGUGUACAGGAAGCAGGGGCUGAACUCUGCUUGCUGGGCUGUAGGAAGCGAGGCAGGGGACCUGUUGGACGAGAGCACGGUGAAGGGAACUGAAAAUGGUUCUCUGUUGAGCGCUCUCGAGGAUUCGGCUUGGGCGCCAUUUGGGACUGUGGAUGCCGAGAUCACUCAGGAGAUGAUCGAUUUCUUCGUCAGCGAAGCCGAGGGUGAUCCCGAUUGCCCGUCAGAAGGGUAUUCUUCGAUUGAGCAGGCGCUUAAUUCUCUGCGUGAAGGAAAGAUUGUGAUUGUGGUAGAUGAUGAAAGUGGGAAUAUUGAAGGAAACCUUGUCAUGGCAGCCACUCUUACAACUCCUCGCGAUGUGGCCUUCAUGGUGAAGAUUGGUUCCGGAAUAAUCUCUGUCGGCAUGAAAGAGGAGGAUCUGCAGAGACUGAAGCUUCCUCUUAUGUCCCCUGAAACCGAGGAAGAGGACUCUUCUGCUCCCACCUUCACGAUCACCGUGGAUACAAAAUCGGGCACGUCGACAGGGGUUUCUGCUUUUGAUAGGGCGAGGACGGUUCUCGCUCUUUCAUCUCCCAAGUCCAGGCCAGAAGACUUCAGAAGGCCGGGCCAUGUGUUUCCUCUCAAGUACCGAGAUGGGGGUGUCCUAAGAAGGGCUGGUCAUACCGAGGCUUCGGUGGACUUAGUUAUGCUCGCCGGCCUGCGACCGGUUUCUCUUCUUUCGGCUGUGAUGGAUGCAGAAGAUGGUUCCAUGGCUUCUCUCCCCAGCUUGAGAAAGCUGGCAUUGCAGUACAGCCUCCCAGUUGUUUCAAUAACAGAUUUGAUUAGGUACCGAAGAAAGAGGGAAAAACUGGUCGAAAGAACCGCCAUUUCGCGUUUGCCUACUAGGUGGGGAUUAUUCCGAGCUUACUGCUACCGCUCCAAGCUUGACGGGACCGAACACAUAGCCGUCGUAAAGGGGAACAUCGGUGAUGGGGAAGAUGUCCUAGUGAGGGUUCAUUCCGAGUGUCUAACAGGGGAUAUAUUUGGGUCGGCUCGGUGUGAUUGCGGGAACCAGUUGGACUUGGCAAUGCAAUUGAUAGAGAAAGCUGGAAGGGGAGCUGUAGUCUAUCUCCGAGGUCACGAGGGAAGAGGGAUCGGCCUGGGCCAUAAGCUGCAGGCGUAUAAUUUGCAGGACCAAGGCCACGAUACAGUUCAAGCUAAUCUAGAACUCGGGUUAGCCGUCGAUGCUCGGGAAUAUGGCAUUGGUGCCCAGAUUCUGAGGGAUAUCGGAGUUCGAACCAUGCGGCUGAUGACUAACAACCCAGCCAAGUUCACCGGUCUGAAGGGCUACGGAUUGGCCGUGAUCGGCCGGGUUCCUGUGCUGACACCCAUCACAGAGGAAAACAAGAGGUACCUGGAGACGAAGCGCAUGAAAAUGGGCCAUAUCUACGGCUCCGACAUCCCAGAGCCGCUUUCCGGAUUCGUCGAUCCAGAUACGGGCGAGGACGAUUCAAUGGGGGCUUCGUGAAAGGCGAACGGCCUCAGUAACGCCAACGGCCACUCAUUCGUACCACAAUAGGAUUUGGAACUUUUGAGGUUGUUUUAUAUGGUGACGCAAUUCGUCGGACCACUUGAUCCUGCAUAGACAUUCGACCACACUACAGAUGAUGGAGGAUGGAUGGGGGGUGAUCAUUCAAAGGACGCUCUAUUGCAUGAGCACAGAGAUGCAAUUUCUUCUCUAGUGAUGUACAUAUCUGUGAUUAUACUCGUUCAUUUAUGGAAAAAUCUCAGUUUUUCUCUUCCUUCGUUUUUU